AUGCUCCAACUUGGUAGAUAUCUCCGUAAAAGUAAUGUUUUGACUGCUAUCACCAGUAAUCAAAAUAUUCUAUUUUACCAAAUUACCUCUGGUCUUAAGCGUGUGAAGCAAAUUGUCGGAUAUAAUGAAGAAGUUAUUGACCUUGCAUAUGUUGGAAAAGAUGAAACACACAUUGCUAUUGCUACCAAUACAGAGCAAAUAAAUUUAUAUAAUAUUAAAUCUUUUGAUUUUAAUAUUAUAUAUGGCCAUACUGACAUUGUUAUUUGCCUUGACAAAUCAUAUGAUGGAACUGUAUUGAUAUCCGGUUCUAAAGAUCACACGGCAAGAAUAUGGAGUAUCGAUGUGGAUAAUGAAAAUUUUGACAACCAAGUCAAUUGUUUAGGUGUAUGUAUAGGUCACACUGCAGCAAUUGGGACUGUAGCUUUUUCAAAGAAAUCUUUAAAGUUUUGCCUCACUGGUAGUCAGGAUCGUACCAUAAAAUAUUGGGACUUGUCGCAUUUAGGUGAGUCUGAUGAAAAUUUUAGACCAAAAGCCCUAUACACAAAUAAAGCGCAUGAUAAGGACAUCAACUCAAUAGCAGUUGCACCAAACGAUAAGAUUUUUGCCACUGGCUCACAAGAUAAAAGUGUUAAGAUAUGGUCUAUCGCUGACGGAAAAUUACUUGGCACUUGUUCUGGACACAAACGUGGUGUCUGGUCUGUCCAGUUUUCACCAGUUGAUCAAACUAUAGCAACAAGCUCUGGAGAUAAAACCAUCAAAAUUUGGUCAACAACAGACUUUUCUUGCUUAAAGGACGAAAAUGUAGUCGUGUCAGGUGGUGCUGAUUCUUUGAUAAAUUUGUGGGAGGAUUGCACCAUCGAAGAAAUGGAAAAACGUGUGAGAGAAGAAGAGGAGCAAAUUUUAAAAGAACAAGAUUUGGCAAAUUAUUUGUUGAAGAAGGAUUAUAAAAAUGCAAUUAGUCUUGCCAUGUCUUUGAAUCAACCAUUUAGGUUACUGAAUCUUUUUACAGAAAUACUAGACAACCGAGCUGAAGAUACUAGCAUUACAGGAUCUGAAUCUAUUGAUAAAAUUAUUGCUACUCUUUCAAAAGAAGAUAUUGAAAAGAUGCUUAUAUACAUCCGUGAUUGGAACACCAAUGCCAAGUAUUUUCGAACAGCACAAACGAUAUUACAUGCUAUCUUAAAAACAUUUUCAUCUGAUGAAUUAUUAGAAAUUAACGGCAUAAAAGAGGUGUUUACUUACUAUCAGAUUAUUAUUUAUUUACUGAAAGUUGAAUUUAUUAUAUAUAUUGACGGAACAUUUAUAUCAUUACAAUUUAGUUACUAG